CUAUUGUAGCUAUUGAUAUUGCAUUCAUUUACAUUGACCCAAUGUAUUCUCUCCGAAGCAUGUUUAAUGUUUUAAUGAAAUUGUUGUUUUUUAAGAAAGCGAUCACGGGUGUGGUAUCCGAAAGCAGGCC